UUUUAUUUUUCAAGCGUAUAGAUUGUAUAUAUUUUUUUAUGGAAAAACCUGUUGGCCGGGACAGUUGCUAUAAAUCUAUAUUAUUCAAGCCAUUAAGACCCAUGAGUAGUACUGGAGCAGCCCUGUCCGCUCGUCUCCUUCAUUUGGUUCCUGGCCAUUCAAACAAAGAAUUAGGUUUGGACAAGCAACAAGCAAGCCAUGACUGCAUGUCAACUGUUUAAACUUUAAACUAUUCCUUCUCCUCUAUUAAUUGCUUUGUUUCUUAUAUUUUGUCUCCCUGAUCACCUAGAUUUCUGCAGGUUUGAUCAAGAAGAAACCAGAAAAUGGGAGUUGAAGGCACUUUGGAAUACUUGUCCGACCUGCUAAGAAGUGCCAGAAAGGGCACGAAGAAGAAGAAGCAAAUCCAAACAGUGGCGCUCAAAGUCAGGAUGGACUGUGAAGGGUGUGUGCAGAAGGUCAAGAAAGUUGUCUCUGGUGUAAAAGGGGUAAAAUCUGUGGAAGUGGACAUGAAACAGCAGAAGGUGACGGCGACGGGAUAUAUGGAGGCAAAGAAGGUGUUGGAAGCAGCAAAGUCAACGAAGAAAAAGGUGGAGCUAUGGCCAUAUGUUCCAUAUACACUGGUGGCUCAUCCAUAUGUAUCUCAGGCUUACGACAAGAAGGCUCCUCCUAAUAUGGUCAGGAAGAUUCCCAACACUGCCACCAUUAACGAGACCACCUUCGAUGACAAGUACACCAUUAUGUUCAGUGAUGAGAACCCAAAUUCCUGCUCCAUCAUGUAGCUAGCUAGAUAUAUUAUGGCUAAACUACCUCAAAGUUAAUCUUCCCAACCAAAACUGCAUCAUUGUACGGUAUAUAAAACGUUGUAGGCUUAUCUCUGGUUUUUUUUUUCUUUCCCUUUUUUUUCGUAAAAGACAUAAUGCAAGUAUAAUAUCUUUGAUUAUCAAAUUUUUUUUACUUUUGUGGAGAUUAUGCUCUUGAAUGAGAUCGUGAGGCCAGUGGAAUAUUAAUCCCCGUCAUGUAUGUCAUCAUAGACGCACAUACAUUAUAUAUAUAUAUAGCGUCUUCUCACAA